CUCAGUUCAAUUUUAGUUCAAACACUUAACGUACAAUUGAGUUCAAAAAAGUUAAAAAUGUUUACGAAUGUUGUCACUUCAAGCUUCAUUGUUGCGGUAUUUAUUCACAUUUGCAUUUCAGAACCGCACUGUUCUAAAUUUCAUUACGAAGAGAAGCUUUUAGAAAAAAUGAUAAGACUUGAAAUUUCUGUGGAAGCAAUGAAAAAGGAAAUUGAAGAGUCUCGGAACCAAGUAACGACAACUCUUGGUAAUCUACAAACAGAAAGAAGCACAUGGGAGAAGACACUACUGACCAUGAAAGACACAAGCGUUACAGCAUUAGACACUGCCAUUCAAGAGACAAAAACACAAGUUCAAGACGAACUGAAGGUACUAGCAGCAGAGAAAGACAGAUGGAAUAAAGAACUAAAGGAGAGCGUGAAAAUACCAGAAGUCGUUAUAUUCUCUGCUAGAUAUCCAAAACAUAACACACCGACAAGCGGACAAACAAUGAUUUUCACAGAGAUCGUCUUAAAUAAAGGCGACGCUUACAACAAAGAGAAUGGUGUAUUUACCGCUCCUUAUACUGGCGUUUAUACCUUUACUGUACAAUUCUGUGUGUAUAAUGGAAGGCGUGUUGAUUUUGCCUUCAUGGCUAAUGACAAGCCAUUUCAAAUAUCACGGAUCCAAAAACACAGUACUAGUAGUUUUUCCUGCUACAGCUUUGAUGCCAUGACCAUUGUUAAUAAGAAUGAGAAUGUGAAAAUUAAGAUUAUAUCUAUCUCUGGUUCGGGAACCAUAUUGGUUGAGAACGCUAGGUAUCACUGGAACACAUUCUCUGGUCGUUUUGUUCAAGCGAUUUAGAAGAAAAUUGAUUUAACAGCAACAACAAGGUCAUUAAUGCAUUUAACAAUACAUGUAUAAUUUCCGCAUGUUUUACAAAGAAUAUGCAAAUCAUAUUUGAAAUAUUAUUCCUGACAUUUUUAAUUGAUUAAAGAUAUUUUUGCAGUUAUCAUGUUUAGUAGGAAGUUUCAAAAUGAUGAAAUAUUCUGUUGCAAAUUCCAACUUUCCAAAUAUCUUAAUAUGUUAAUAAUAUUUGGGGUUUAUCCUUGGUAUCACUUCUUAAACUAUUUUCUGGUACGAUUUACCGUCAGUAUGAACUGACAGAUUGGUUUCCUUAUACUUGUUAAUAAAGAAGUAUGGAAACUGCGCCUCAAAGACAAAGGUAGAUAUUAACCCUUACCCUGCUAUAUUUCUUAACUGGACUGCUCUAUCAUUUAAUUUGGGCAGUACUACUUAUUUUUCAGAGGAGUGUUCACUGGAAAUUUACUGACUGAAUGGCGAACAGUGCAGACCAUAAUCAGCCUGCACUGCUGACCUUGGUCUGCACUGACCGCAAAUGCAAAACCAUUUACCUUUUUAAUCGCUCACAAUACAAUUCUUUGUAAUAUGGCUGCCAUGUAAUUCCUGUUUUCAAUAAUUGUUUUCUCCAAUAUCUGUCAAUGGCUUGAGUACUUAUUAAAGCUUGGGUGGAAUUUGUCA